AUGUCAUUGUUGACAGCGUUGCGCUCCGUAGCGCCAAACGCGGACGUGGUCCCGUCCAAGUUGAGCUGCGACCUCAACUUGGACGGGACCACGUCCGCGUUUGGCGCUACGGAGCGCAACGCUGUCAACAAUGACAUCAUCGAAAAGUAUGCGUCGCAAGCCUACCGCACGUUGUGUCUGGCGUACCGUGACGUGGAUGUGACCCCAGAAGUGGUCAAGAACUGGUCGGACGAGGAGAUUGAGACGGACCUGACGUGCAUUUCCAUCGUCGGGAUCGAAGACCCGGUGCGUGAAGAAGUGCCGGAAUCCAUUCGCCAGUGUAACGAAGCGGGUAUUGUCGUGCGCAUGGUGACUGGCGACAACAUCGCGACGGCCAAGUCCAUUGCGCUCAAGUGCGGAAUCAUCAGUCCCAACGACGGGUCGCUGGUGAUGGAGGGGUCCGUGUUCCGCGCUCGCGUGUUGGACGCGAACGGCAACAUCAAGCAGGACGAGUUUGACAAGAUCUGGCCCAUGCUUCGCGUGUUGGCUCGGUCGAGUCCCAAGGACAAGUACACGCUGGUGUCUGGGUUGAUUCAGUCGAACGUGUAUCCGCAUGGUCCCCAAGUGGUGGCCGUGACGGGCGAUGGGACGAACGACGCCCCGGCUUUGAAGAAGGCGGACGUCGGGUUUGCGAUGGGGAUCUGCGGCACGGCGGUGGCCAAGGACGCGUCGGACAUCAUUCUCAUGGACGACAACUUCCGGUCGAUCGUGAGUGCGGUCAAGUGGGGCCGCAACGUGUACGACUCGAUCGCCAAGUUCCUCCAGUUUCAGCUGACGGUCAACUUGGUGGCUAUUUCCACGGCGGUGAUUGGCGCGGUGGUGCUGGAAGAGUCGUCACUCACGGCCAUUCAGUUGCUGUGGGUCAACUUGAUCAUGGACACGUUUGCGUCGUUGGCGCUGGCCACGGACGCCCCCACGGAAGCCAUGCUCAAGCGCAAGCCGUACCCGCGCACCAAGCCCCUCAUUUCGGAGCGCAUGUUGAAGCACAUUGUCGGCCAAGCCAUCUUCCAGUUGACGGUGAUUCUCACCAUGACGUUUGCCGGGGACAAGAUCUUCGGCAUUGAUUCGGGCCGCAAGUAUGACCGCCCGGUUGGCACGACUGGACCGUCCGUGCACUACACGAUGGUCUUCAACACGUUUGUGUUCCUGCAGCUGUUCAACGAAAUCAACUCCCGCCGCAUCCACGACGAGCUGAACGUGUUCGAGGGCAUCUUCGCCAACCCCAUCUACCUUGGCAUUUCGGUCGUCCAAGUGGUGUUCCAAGUGCUCAUCGUCCAGUUUGGGUCGCUCGUGUUUAGCUGUGUGCCUUUGGACGUGACCCAGUGGAUCAUCUGUCUGGUCAUCGGGGCGUUGUCGCUGCCCGUGGGCUUGCUCCUUCGCCUAAUCACCCUUCCUGCUUCGUUCACAGUAUGCCAAGAAACAGCCCCCGUGACCCACGUCCCCACGGACCGCACCAAGGAAUUGUGGAUCCGAGGCUUUAAGCGCCUGCGCACGCAAAUCCGAGUCAUCCGCGCGUUCAAGCGAACGCUGUCGCAGCGCAAAUUGUCCCAAUUCGAGUAGAGACACCACAGCUAUUUACAUGAACGACGAUUCAAAUCCAUGAGUGUUGC